GUACGUUGACCUGGGAUUUGGCGCGAAAAGAGUGAAAUUUUUUAGGUAUAAUAAACAGUUGCAAAUGCUGCCCUUUUUGUAAUUUUAAUGAAGUAUUUUUAACUUGUGUUAUAAUUAUGAAGUGUACAAUACCAGAGAUAUCAUGGCACAAUAGAGAACCGGUGCUGAGUGUCGACAUUCACCCAAUUUCAAGUGAAUUUUAUAAGUUAGCCUCUGGAGGUGGUGAUAGUCAUGUAUUGAUAUGGCAGAUGACCAUAACUGAGAAUGGUGCCGUGAAACAAGAGGUGGUAUCGGACCUGACUAGACAUCAGAGAGCUGUGAAUUGUGUACGAUGGUCACCUGAAGGUAAAUUCCUUGCUUCUGCAGACGACGACGCUUACAUCAUUGUGUGGCAGCUGAAAACUGAUAAUGUACCAUUGCUGGAAGGUGAUAAUGAGAAUAAAGAAACAUGGGUUGUGCACAAGGUGCUAAGGGGUCAUAAAGAGGACAUAUAUGACCUAAGCUGGUCUAUUGAUGGUUCCAAAUUAUUUUCAGGAUCUGUAGAUAACACUGCUAUUUUAUGGGAUCUUGCCAAGGGUAAAAUGGAACACAUUUUGACUGAUCACAAAGGCUUUGUACAGGGAGUUUCAUGGGACCCAAAAAAACAAUUUCUGAGUUCUCUCAGUACAGAUAGAAUAUGCAGGUUGUUUGACAUAAGCGGUAAGCAUGUGAAGGCAAGAAUUCAGAAAGGAACUGUACCAGUACCAUCCAAUCAUUUUUUAAGUGGUAAAGAAGUGAAAUAUUUCCAUGAUGAUACUUUCAAAUCAUUUUUCAGAAGACUAGAGUUUUCACCUGAUGGCUCACUACUAGUUGUUCCCUCUGGCAGGAUGGAAGCAGAAGACUGUAAAAAAGUACUUUGUGCAACUCUUAUGUUUGCCAUUGAUAAUUAUAAUUUGCCAUGUGCAGUUCUGCCUUUACCUAACCAAUGCAGCACAGUCGUUCGUUUCUGCCCUAUUCUGUUCAAUCUACGUGAAGAUGGUCCUGAACCUGUUGUGAAGUUGCCGUAUCGUAUGGUUUUUGCUGUUGGGACUGACCAUGAUAUUAUCCUGUAUGAUACUCAACAGAAGGAACCAUUUGCUAGGUUUCAUCAAAUUCACUACACGCGUGUAACUGAUCUAACAUGGUCUCAAGAUGGCCUUUUGCUGACAGCAUCUUCAACAGAUGGUUUCUGUGCUUUAGUUACUUUUGAUGUUGGAGAAUUAGGCACACCUUAUGUGAAAGAAGACAGUUGUUGUUCUGAAGCUGCGUCCAAAACUAGUAUUAUUAGUUCAAGCCAAGAUGCCAAGCCAAUAGAGGUGAGAAAAAUGCCUAGAGAUCAAGCAACCCAGCAAGCUAAGACUAUAGAAGUCAGAAAGCAGCCUAGAUGUGAUAUGAACCCAAUAAAUGAUGCUGCAAAUGGUGAAACACCUGUGGAAGGUCAAGAGAAAGUUGAAGUAAAAGAACAAAUCAUCACUGCUGUUGAGAAGAAACGAUCGAGUUUUUUGGAGCAAUGGGCUUUGAAAACUCCUCCUAAAAAAACACAGAAGCAAAAAGUAGAUCCUGAACAAGUUAUUGCAAUUCUGGAUGAAGAAAAUGAUGAAGCAAUGGCUGAAGGAAAAGCUGAAGAGCUCUCUCAAGAAAUAAAAGACCAAAUUCAUAAAUUAAUACCAUCUAAGGCUGAUUCCAAAACUACUAUUAGUUCAAGUCAAGGUGCCAAGCCUAUAGAGGUGAGAAAAAGGCCUAGGGAUGCGGCAACCCAGGAAGCUAAGCCUUUAGAAGUCAGAAACCAGCCUGGAUGUGAUACAGACUCAAUAAUAGAUGUUACAAAUGGUGAAACACCUGUGGAAAAUCAAGAGAAAGUUGAAGUAAAAGAACAAAUCAGCACUGCUAUUGAGAAGAAACGACCGAGUUUGAUGGAGAAAUGGGCUUUGAAAACUCCUAAAAGAACACAGGAUCAAAAAGUAGAUCCUGAACAAGUUAUUGCAAUUCUGGAUGAAGAGAAUGAUGAAGCAAUGAAUGAAGGAGAAACUGAAGAGCUAUCUCAAGAAAUAAAAGACCAAAUUCAUCAAUUAAUACCUUCUAAGGCUGCUUCCAAAACUACUAUUAGUUCAAGCCAAGGUGCCAAGCCUAUAGAGGUGAGAAAAAAGCCUAGGGAUGCGGCAACCCAGGAAGCUAAGCCUUUAGAAGUCAGAAACCAGCCUGGAUGUGAUACAGACUCAAUAAUAGAUGUUACAAAUGGUGAAACACCUGUGGAAAAUCAAGAGAAAGUUGAAGUAAAAGAACAAAUCAGCUCUGCUAAUGAGAAGAAACGACCGAGUUUGUUGGAGAAAUGGGCGUGGAAAACUCCUCCCAAAAAAGCACUGAAGCAAAAAGUAGAUCCUAAAGAAGUUAUUGAAAUUCUAGAUGAAGAAAAUGAUGAAGCGAUGGAUAAAGGAGAAACUAAAGCACUAUCUCAAGAAAUAAAAGACCAAAUACAUCAAUUAAUACCUUCUAAAGCUGCUUCCAAAACUACUAUUAGUGCAAGCCAAGGUGCGGAGCCUAUAGAGGUGAGAAAAAAGCCUAGAGACAAGGCAACCCAGAAAGCUAAACCUAUAGAAGUCAGAAAGAAGCCUAGAUGUAAUACAGACUCAAAAAAUGAUAUUAAAAAUGGUGAAACACCUGUCGAAGCUCAAGGGAAAGUUGAAGUAAAAGAACAAAUCAGCACUGCUGUUGAGAAGAAACGACCGAGUUUUUUGGAGAAAUGGGCACUGAAAACCCCUCCUAAAAAAGCGAAGAAGCAAAAUGUAGAUCGUGAAGAAGUUAUUGAAAUUCUGGAUAAAGAAAAUAAUGAAGUGACGGUGGAAGCAGAAACUGAAGAGCUAUCUCAAGAAAUAAAAGACCAGAUACAUCAAUUAAUACCUUCUAAAGCUGCUUCCAAAACUACUAUCAGUGCAAGCCAAGCUGCCAAGCCUAUAGAGGUGAGAAAAAGGCCUAGGGAUGAGGCAACAAAGGAAGCUAAACCUAUAGAAGUCAGAAGGAAGCCUAGAUGUGAUACAGACUCAAAAAAUGAUGUUACAAAUGGUGAAACGUCUAAGAAGUCAUUCAGUGUAACCUAAGAUACUAAGCCUAUAGAUGUGAGAAACAAACCUAGAACUGAUGUAGAAAUAGCCUGACAGUAUAAAUGGUAAAAAUCUUGAAAAAUCGUCGUUUAAUGCUAAGCCAAUUGUAACUAAAUAUUGGAAAGGGUAAUCGGCAGUACCCUUUUAGGUAUUCCCUUCUCCACUGAUUUCACUUUGUUAGCUUGAACACCGUUUAUUUAACUCUCUUAAUUUUUUUCUUUGACCGUAUCCGCAUCAUGCACAUCCACAAGCCUCAAACAAAAAUCUUUGGUGUGUUAUACAUCCAUGGUCAGUCCAACCUGAAACACGUUUACAAAUUUUCACACCAAAGAUAUCAUUGAUUAACAUAUUCUACAAGUUACUACUGUAUUUGGACGUUUAUAUACAAUUUCCAUCGUAACAGCCAUCUUGCUAAGUAGAAUUGCAGAAAUUCCCUUAGGAGAAAUAAAAACACUGUGUCUACCUAUCAAAGAAAAUUGUUUUUUCUUAAAUAUGACACCGACCUUUUAGUCUAAUCAUAUUAGACGAAAAUACCCCUGGUUUGCGAAAUAAUUGUAAAGUCUGGUUUUAUUGCUACAAGUUGUUCAAGGGGGUAUUCAAAACAUGGACGUAUCAAAUGGGUACACCAAUGUUUGUGGGAAAACUUGAAGUAUGUUGCUCAAGUAGUUUUUUGAGAAUUUCUAAUUGUUUAUUCCAAAACACCUGUCUUCCGGCCAUCACUACUAGUUUAUUGAGCAAUAUAGAGGGUUGAUUCAAAGAGCAUUUAAUAGCAAAAUACGCGUGUUUACUUUUCCGAUAUGAUUUACAAACCAUUUCGAAAGAUGAUUGUUAUUUUUAUGCGAAAAACAAAGGUUACCUACGUUUUUUCUUCUAAACAAAUUCAAACAUUUCGUAUUUGUGAGGAAUUGAACAAAUGCGCUACGAUAUUCGAAAAACGUAUGUUACUAUACACAUUUUAAAACAAAGCGGAUGUGUCCAUAAUCUUUUGUUGCGAAUUACUUACAAAUACGAAAUGUAUGAAUUUAUUUAGAAGAAAAAAUGUAAUCCAUCAUUUAGCAUUAAAAUAACAUUUAUCUUCCGGAAUGGUUUGCGAUUCAUAUCGGCAAGGUAGUGUAUUUUGCUAUAAAAUGCUUUUUGAACUAACCCUGUAUAUUGCUCAAUAAACCAGUAGUGAUGGCCGAAAAGCAGGUGUUUUGGGAUAAACAAUUAGAAAUUCUCAAAAACUACUUGACCAGUCUACUCCAAUUUUGUUGUGGUUAUUUAGAAGUACGAACAAGUGCCAAAACCUGCAGAUUGCCUUGGUUUUCAGCCAUAACAUGUUUGCUAUUAGUCGGAUCCUUUUACAUGUGGGCUCACUUUGUAGGUCUCAUAAAUACCUAAAAAUCUUAUACGAAGAGUCUUUUGUUUCCAUAUUGACCACCCUGUAUAUACAGCGACAAUUGGUAGUAGUGACUAAUGGUUCUCCGUCCAUUUUGUUUCAGUUACUGCAUCGUUAUGACAGUUAUAUGUACUCUGUAUCGUUCCAGAUUGAACGAGCACAACGAUUAAAACUGAAAUAGUCAUUUACCCAACAGGUGCGGAAGCAAGCCGUCAUGGGCGGAAAAUACGCUUUCCGCAUAUGUAAGGUUCAAGUUUUUUUCUAAUGCGUAGCGCGAGAAAAUAAUAAACCCAGACUACUGAUCAACGAUAACAUCAAUAAUUCAUUUAUAAUAAUUAUUAACAGUCUUAAAAGAAAAAAAAACAGUAAUUUGGAUUACGAAAACUUGUAGGCGUUCUCGAAGCAGGACUAGUGCCGCCGGAGUCGCUUUCUUCUAAAGUUUCAUGUUCUCUAGAACGUCCUGUAGAUGUGGCACUGCUUGUGCUGCCCUUGCUUUGUCACGUGAAAUGCGAGUUGUUUUCCAGGAUUUUCUUGGAGCUGGGCUAAACCCAGUAAUUUGUUUCUUAAGGAAAGCUGUUACAUUAUAUUUUGCAAUAACGAUAUUUCUUAUUUUGAGCAUAGCUUUCAACAUAGAAUAACAUAACCAAGAUUUUGAGGGUCACACACUUUGGCUAUGUCUGCAAAAUAUGCCAGGAAGACUUCUUCCUUGGUUGAUGAUACAUUCUUGGACUGGCACCACUCCUCAAAGUUCCCAUGCUCCUUUUCGUAGCAUUCUUUGGAUUUUGCGCCAUUUGUGGCUUCGGAUUUAAAAUGAGACGACAGAGACUCUUAUUAAUUUGACAAGUAUGUUUGACAAACAAAUUUGAAUCUAACCAUAGCAAAAAACAAUCCGAUAUCUCUGCCUAUUGUUAAGUGACGUAUGGUUGAAAAAAAUGUAUGUUUUUUUCUUAAACUGAUGUGAUUGAAAUCAAAGUGAUUUGGUCACUCUGUGUGUGUGAAGUACAGACUAAGGAACAGCAGUAAAAUCUCUGCUUUAUAAAGAAUUUCUUGGUUUAAUAUGGGGGGGGAUCUAACGCUCUUCUUACAGAAAUCGUAUACUUUAUCGUUAGUUUGAGAGGUGUUUUGGAAGAAAUCGACCAUAUUCAUUGUCCAUUACUUCCAAAAUACUUUCUUCGUGGUCGAAUUCACUCCCUAGGAGCAAAGUUUGUAAAAUUAGGCCUAAGGGUCGUAUUUAUAGACAUUUUCGAUGAUUGUGUCAUUUGAGGAAUGCUCAUUCCUUGGUUUUUAAACAUUUGUUUUCAAGAUUUUGCAUGAUUUUAAAAUGUUCUUAAUUUUCAGGAUCUUCAUAAUAUUGAGAUCUUUCAAAAUUUUCAAUAUCAUAACAUUUUGAAAAUGUCGAAAAUCGUUCAGACAGUUUUCCAAAUUUCCAAAAGCUGUGAUGGCAACUGUUACAAUUACAAAUAGUUCAAAAUAUGUUGGUGAAGACAAUUUUGAUAUGAUAAAUUUGAUGAAAUAAAUUCCAUCCUUGUGAAAAUAUCAAUUUUAGUCAAAUUAUCACUGCCCUUUUACAAAGCAUUCUUCCAUUAUGAUGCAAUCCUACUAAAUACUCAUUUAAUCAUAGAAAACCACAAAGCAGUGAUGUUGAGUGUACAUUUACUACAUGUCUAAUCGAGGUACCAGGUAUAGACCCUAGGCACUGCGGAUCUGUGACGUCAUGGGCGAACUGAAGGCACUAUCUAUUUCGCCAUACAAUAGGCGAACAUAAAAUAUUAAUGUCUGUCAUUUAUUGACCUGUUUCAAUAAUUUUUCAAUAGUUGAUUAUAUUUCACCUAUAUUUUGUUGGUAUGUUACUAUUUAUUUGUUGCUGAAUAUUAUGAAACCUCUCCAUUCUACGAAUUGGGAUUGGGAAUUUCCUGGUGGAAUAUGUUAAACACUGAAAUAUAAGGGCAAACAUAUAUAGAUUCCAUCUCUUGCUUCAUCUCCGUUUGUCAAAUCGAUUAUAGUGCAUGACGUACAUCGAUUUAUUUGCUUUAUGCUGCCAUCCCGCUUCAAGAAGUUCAACAGCAAGUUGCAAAAAUUUUGGCGUGUUACUUGUGAUUUCUUCUUUUUUGUAGACGAUGCUGUUUUUACCCGAUCUGUAUAGUUUUGUUCGAUUUUUUCAUCUUAUUUUCAACUGCUAUCACUAUAAGAUCAGUUUGUUCACUUCUCCUGUUUUGUGAUAACUGCUCUGUUUCUUCAUCUUCAGAUUCAUCAGAACUAUUUUCAUCUGACAAAUCGCUGAGUACAACAGUUUGGAUCUCGCUCUUAUUGCUGUGAGACCCUAAUAAGACUUUCAAUGACUCUUCCAGAUUUUUUAUGACCUCUAUAGGCUUAGCGUCCAAAAAGUAAGAAAACUACAAAUUCGAACUCAUAAGGAAAAUUGGAAAUCGAGUUGAUUUAUUGUUGUUUUGAGCGAUUAACUUAUUUUUUCAGAAUUACGAGUUGGAAUAAAUAGAAGGUUAGAGAAUUACAUGUUUGGAAAUAACCCUAACCAAUUCAGAGAGUUUAAUCUUGAGUUUUUGGUCAAUUGUCAUAAAAAUCUCUUCCAUGACUUUUGAAAUAUUUGCUAGUAUACUGAGUUAUAAUUUCGCGAUAAAAUAGACAGACAUUAUUACCCCACUACAAAAAUUGUCCGUAAUUGAAAUAAAUUUAUAAAAUGGUUUGUUUACACUUUUUUUAAAAUUGACCCGCUUUUAAAGCAUCAGCAAAACUUUUAAAAGUAGUUGAAAAUCGUCCAUUUUACUGGCAUUUUUGAUCAAAGGAGGAAAUUCUAACGAAUAUCAAAUUCGUCUUACAUUAUUUCUUUAGUGCAGAUUGUUGGUCAUACUUCUGAGACUAGUUUUAUGUGCCUGCAACCACUAAGUGUGUAAUUCUAAUUGUAGUCUUAGAAAAGUAUAUAAUUAUACGUAUAUUGUGAUGUACAUAUCAAUUCUGUUUAAACCUAUUUAGAUUAUAUAGGUACAUAGCUGAUAAAUAUAUGAACUUUUUUGCAAGUUGUUUUUUUUUGUUGAUAUGACACGUACAGCUUUGAAUGUCUUGGAAAAAAUAAUUUCCUACAAACUGACAGUUUAGAAAUUUAAAUUUUGGGGUCCUGGAC